UGCAUCCUCCUGGGAAUCCCUCCAGCUCUGAAGCAGGCGGACAGCGAGGGGGAGCUGUGCCAGGCGGACAGUCUGGGAGGCAGCAGCAGCACACUCGCAUCCUCCGUCAUCGAGGUGGAGGCCGAGCGGACCGAACCGAGGAUGACAUCACAGCUGCAACCCAACCGGGAGGAAGAGGAGGAAGAGGAAGAGGAGGAGUUGACCUCGUUCGGCUGUCCUCCAACCCUUUCUAUCACAGAGGAGAUCCUGGAGUUCAUCAACCAGAGCAGAGCCAGAGAGGGACUCACCUCCAUUCACACCGACAUCACGGAGCAGCUCCUGGAUCAGUCCAAAGAGACCCAGCCUCCAUCUAGCCAGACCAACUUCACCUGCCCGUUGCCCCCCGUCAUCUGUCCAUCCAGCCCAGAACAACAAAGUCCCACAAUGCAACAGGAGCAGGAUGAAGCAGAGGCCGAGGUCGUCAGCACCUUCAAAAGCCAGACCGGCGGCACCGAGGAGGAACCCGAAAAUGAGCCAACCGCAGACGAAGUGCAAGAAAUUCCAGAUGCAACAAGUCAAGUGGAAAAGGGAGUGGAGGCAGAUGUAGAGACACAAGAAGAAGAAGAAGAAGAAGAGGUGGAAAGACAGAAAGUGUGGAAAGCAAAGGAUGAAGGAGAAGGAGAGACAACCCUCCCCCUCCCCACUCCAACAUCUCUCUCUUCCCCUAUUCCUACAUCAGACCUUCAGUCCUCCGUCUCAGCAGAGGAAGAGAGGAGGGAGGCGAGUUGUCCCUUACCCAGUGAGGACCAGGCCACCACUUCCUUCCCAAAUCCAGAUCACCGUCAUCCUCCCAUCCAGAGCCGCCAGCAGCCCAAAAGAGGCUCCCACCUUACCAAGCGUGACAAGAAGAUCAUCGAAAAAAUCAGGAGUUACUACAAGGCGGCAGCUGAGGCCGAAGAGGAGGAGGAGGAGGAGGGGGAAGUAGAUGCAGAGGAAGACGGACAGGAAGGAGUUGGGUCAAGAAGGAGAAACAGUUUCUCACAGAUCCCCUCGGGUUUGGUGAAGGACUCUGUGUCACGCUUUGAUGUGGGUGGACACCAGGAGGAGGCAGAGGGUGAGAAACACAAGACCGAAACAAUCGAUGGAGACGUUGAUCAAGAGGUAGAUUCCCCCACUGGUCCCGUCUCUCCCCAACCUCCACUCUCAGUAGAUGGAGAGAAUAACGGACCGGCUGAUAAACCAAUCAGCUCCCUGGAUUUUGAAGCAGAGGGGGAAAGUGGCCUGGACAAGUUGCCAACCUUUUCUACAACACAGGACAAUCCAAACCAAGUGGAUCUGAAUCUGCAGUCGAACCCAAUCAAGCCCGUUGCAGAAGAGACGGAGAUUCAGGACCAAGAACCAUCGGAGGAAGGAGUGGAGGAUGAGAAAGAGGUGAAAACAAGUGUUGUGGCUACUGCGGAGAAAGUUGGAAAUUCACUGCAAGGAGAUGGACCAUCUAUCGCCAAACAGAGCAAGUGCAGAGAUGAAACAACAAAUAAUCCUUUAGAGCAAGCUGUUACAAACGGGCCUAACCAAGGAGCCCCAGCAGAACCAAGUCCAAGCCACAAAGAACCAUCGUCACCUCUGCAGAAUUCAGAGCAAUGUGACAAAACUGAGACCAAGACUCAGUCCAACUUGACGAGAACCAAACAAAAAGACGUCCUUAAGACCAGCGGGAACCUCGAUGAUCUUCCCACUCAGAUAAAAGUGGGCCGAUGGUCUCGCCACUCCAGGAUUGUCACUGCCAACCGGGCUUUGUUUGAGGGCAGGGGAUCAGAUGUAGCGGGCAUUGGGUUCUUUGAGGCCAGCCCUGUGGUGGACCCGGCGCUGAUGGAGAACUCAGAGCGUAUUCUGAGCAAGGUCCAAACAUUGGCCCGGAUGUACAGUGCCAAAGCCAGUACCAUGAAGGUCCCAUUGCAUCAGAAACGGAUCCAAUCCUGGAGCUCAACAAGACCGUCUGGACUUUCAGCUCAAAUCCCGACUAAAAGCCAGACACAGGUUGAAUCUCAGACCCAAAUAAAACACCGGCAGCAAACACAAAUAGAGGCCAACAGACAGCAGAAAUAUGAACUCCAAAGUCAUACAUCUGAUAUCAAGACAGAGACCAAGUCUAGAACCCAAACUCACUCCGAGACCAAAGUUCAGAGCCACACAAGGCAGCAGUUACAGACCCAAACCAAGACUUACAGCCAGUAUCAGUCCCAAAUGAUGUACCAGGAGGAACACAGGAUUCAGGAAGAGAGGACAGAUUUCCAGGAGACAGCGACGGUCCCCUGUGAACCUCUGCUGUUUGGUCAUGUGCUUGUCAAAGAGCAGUUGACCCCGGCUUGUCAACACCAGACGAAUGGAUUCACCCUCUCCAGGCCGAGGGACUUCAUCUCUGCCUUAAGCAUAGAAAAAGACUCCAGUGUGGACUGUGGGUCAGAUGACAACUCCCAGACCUUCACCAAGCCUGAGGAAAAUGUGUCCACUUCACCCAGAGAUCGGUCAUCCGAUCCCGCCCAGGAUAAGAGCUGUAAAGCUGUGUGCAUCUCCUCCGACACAUUUGUGGCUUCUACAGCAUCCAGACAUCAGCUCAGUGCACAACCUGAAGAUCAGAGCUCCACUUUGGGCUGCUCAGCCAGCGACAGCCCCUUGAUGUCUACCAUGACUUUGGAUCGCAGUGUCACAGAGUUUAGUGACAACUGUGAAAUCCUGAAUCUUGCAGAUACUAAAGAGACAGAAAAAAUAGAGAGGUCGGAGAUAAGUGCUGGACUCAACUCUGUAAACAUCAAGUCAAAUGUCUCCGCUCACAGCAUACCACCAUGCAACAUGUCCAAAGAUGGAGAUGAGCAGAACAAAUACAAGCACGAUAUGCCAGCUGCCCAGUAUAUACAAGAGAAAAACUCUACACAACAAAAUGAAAGUGAGAGUGUUCAUGCAGGACCUGAAUACUUAGUUUGCACAGGACUCGGGGGUGGAGAGGGAACCCCACGAGAAGUAGUGCUGAUGGUGGCAUCUACACAGAACCUGGUGCCAAACCCUGGACGGACAGGAGAGGAGCUCCAGAGAGAAGGAGACCUCACCUCCCUGAGCACCUCUGGAGGGAAAGAUGAUCCCCAAAGCGAGAGGAAGAUGUUAAAUGACACAAAGUAUGAUUCGAAUGAUUCUUCUUCAAAAACCAGGAUGUUUGUACAAGGUUCAACAGUGGUGUUCUCAGACGAGCCGCCUCACUACGGAUCCUUUCAGGGUUCUAGUCAUACAGUCACAGAAUUAAGAGAAGGGGCGACACCACGUCCAUUGGUUCAAAGCCCUCCGUUGGUGCAGUCAAUGGAUUGUCUACCAACAUUCACCAACCAGAGGCCACCAGACCUAACCGCUACCAUGGGCAAACGGGCUCUGUCUAACACCUGGAACACCAAUAACACCACUUCAUAUGAAUGCAGUUCCAGGGAACCAGACCAGCAGGAUUCAGGAUUUCCCACCAUCCCGCUCAUCGCCAGCCCGUCCUCAGGCAGCCGCUCUUCAUCCCGACCCUCCAUGGACACAUCCGGCCUGCUGGAGAGACCUACCCAGGAUGCAGACCCCAUCGCAGCCCCCUCAGCCUUCAGACCCAGCCUCAAACACAGCUCCCCUUCUCCCAUAAGAGCUUUCUCCACCUCACCCACCCUCCCUCCUUCCUCCUCCUCCUCCUCCUCUGUUCGAGCAUCUCCUUGCUCCUCACCAUUCAGGGUCGUCCCAGCACCUUCUCCCACCCCUUCAUCCACUGAAGGCUUCCCAAGAGCUCUUCCCUGCUUCUCUCCUCCGCCCCCUUCUUCUGGCAGGGGCUCCUCCAUGAGAGCUCCUCCUGCCUCCUCUCCUACUCCAUCAUCCAUGAGAGCAGGUCCUUCUUCCUCCCCUACACCAUCCUCCUCCCUCCGCUCUCCUCCAUGCUCCUCGCCCACUGCGUCCUCCUCGGCGUUCAGCAGGUCUUUGGCAGCGUCCUGUAUCAGUCAGUCCAUCAGUCAGAGUAUAGCGAAGAAGAACGCAGCGCGGCAUCAAGCACAACCUUCGAACAUGGCAAACCAAAGCCCGUCCUCCACUCCUUCUUUACCAUCCUCUCAUCUACGACGUCGCUCCCCUUCGCCUAAACUUGCUCCCAGUCAGCAUGGCUCCAGCACACCUGCGUACGCCCAGUUAGGGUGCACUGUAGAUGGGUACCAACAUCCAAGGUGUCCACCAUCCUAUUUCCGAUCCCCUUCUCCAUCGCCCGUGCAGUCGGCACCUCCCUCGCUUUCCCAACGCCCUCCUUCCCCAUCUAUGAGGCUUCCUCAUGCUUCUUCCACUUCCCCUUGCGCCUCAUUCCUUCACCCCAAAACUGACUCAUCACAAAACCCCAACAGCAACAACAACAACAACAACAACAACAACAACACUGCAGCGAUCAGAAAUGCAGCUAACAUCACUGUCUGCAGCAUCAAUGGUGCUGUCAGUAACGGGGGUUGGUCAGUCAGUCAACAGAGGGCGCCACUCGCUAAUGGUAGCACUAACGCCACUGUAGAGCAACAGACCCAUGAUCCUCUCUGGUCCGGGUCACACAACCGCGUGGCUCGACCUUUUUCCGCAUCCGAACCGAGCUCAAGAGUUCAGUCUCCAUCUCCCUCCCCGACCCCCGCCUCAUUUACUCGCCUCUGCUCACCACCUCCCCAACAUAACUACUCCUCUCCCAUGGCAAACAAACCUCCCCACCCCAGGAGCACACGAGUGGGAGGCGUCAGCUCCCAUAAUCCGCUCGGUCUCACUUUGGAGCUUCCCAGGGCGUCUUCAGCAAGUUCCUCGUGUUUGAGCCCUCGGAUCCUCUCCCCGCCUCCUAUCGGCGUGUCAGUGAAUGUUUGGACAAAUAACGUUGCAGCACCUCAACCUAGAAACCCCAGACUCACCUCCUCCUCUCCUUCUCGCUCCUUUUCUUCCUCCCUGGGCUCACCAACACUGGAGAAUGCCACUUUCCCCAUGUCCUCUACUUC